CUGUGUGCAUGAGAGGCACUAAAUAACAACAUGUAAUAAAUAAUAAAAACAUAAAAAAUAUGUGCAAAAGAUUUGUUCAAAACAAAGAAAUGAAAAUGUUCGUGAUUGGUGAAAAGCUAUAAAAGUUACAACAACAAAUACAAUUACAAAACAGAAACCAAAACUAAAAGAAAAAAUCAACAAGGAGAAAAAAAGAAAGUUGCAAAUAUUUAAUUAAAAAAAUAUAUAUGUACCUACAUACAUACAUACUAUGUAUAUAAAUGUGAAACUGAAGUGAUAAUUUGUUCAUCAAUCUAUAAUUUAUUUUUAUUGGAUUUAAUGGUAACUGCCUAAAGUUAUUACGAACGUGAAAAACUUUGUGUCCUUAAGUUAUGGGGAACACAGGAAGUACACAUAAUUUACACAACGAAUGUGUCGAUAGCGAAUUAAAUUCGUAUUAUACCCAGCCAUAUUUUAGACGAACAACAGGAGACGCAAAAAAGAAACAUAAUCCGGUCAUAUUGGGAGGAUGGUCAAGUAGUAGAAAUGUGGCCGAAUGUAAAGUUUUGCCGAAACCUACAGAAAACCAUAAGCUUAGAGCUACAACCAAUGGUGCUAUUUUACAGGCGGGUGGUACAAUAAGCUUCCGUGUAAAAGAUCAGUUAGAGGAAAGUACUGAUAUUUCUGAGCGUUUAGAGCGUGAAAAUCAACCAUCUAAAUUUCAUCCGAUGAGACGUUGCCAUACACUUAUACUUGAUGGUCAGAAUGAGUCAAUAUCUCAUCGUAAAUCCGCCCCACCACUAGCAGAAUUUCGACGUUCACAAACACUACUUCAUGUUGGUUACACAAGGACCAGAUCCCAAGAUCAUAUUUCAUCGAAUUUUGACGAAGAUAUAAACCGUUCCUCGCAAGCACCAACAAUAACUGUUACAGCGUCUACGCUAAAAGUUAAUAAGUACAACAAAAAACGUAAAGCUCCUCCGGCUCCGACGAAAAUUACUUUGAGCCUUGAUACUAAAAGUUCUGGUCAAAAUGUAUCUGAUGAAUCGAAAAACACUUCAUUGGCAAAGCCUCGCAUGUAUGCAACGAAUAGUAAUAAAACAUUAGUGCAGCAGCAACCACAAACCCGUAAACAACACCAGACACCCUUACAACGUGGGUCUAAUACACGCACAUCAGUUAAUUCUUCUCGGCCUAUUCAGCCGGUCAGUUCGGGUUACGCCAGCAAAUUACCAUACAGAAGAGAGAAAAGUUUUGACGCCAUCCUUCUAAGACAAAAAGAAACUAGUGAUUGUAAUGAUAGAAGAGCAUCAGUUCAAAAGCCAAACAUGCUUCAGCCAAGAGAACUUCCAUCUCAUCCAGUUGUAAAUAAAUUGGAAGCAAAUACACACCGAAGGCAGCAUACCAAUGUCACAUCAAAUAAAAUCCAGAAUACCUCAAUAACUAUCAACAGUUCCGGAAAGAAUCGUCGAAGGCAGACGAACAAAAAGGAGGAUAUAACUUGGAAAGAAGAGUCAAUACAUUUGAAUUUAGGCAGCGAUCCAAGAGCGAAUAUGUCUAAACUCGAAAGUGAACAUGAAUAUCAAGCGACAGCAAAUGAAAUAAAAACUAAAUCUCAACAAUCACGCAUACCUCAGUUGAAACGUACAUUUUAUUUUGGUAUGGAUGCAAAAAAUAAAAGCCUUAAUCCGGAUGUUCCUCAAACUCAAAAGGUACAAUGUAGAAAUGAAGAAAAUACUACAGAAAGUGAGAAUGAGAAGAUAGCGCUAUUAGGUCAUAGUCUCGAAGCCGAAGAAGAAAUUGUGGAUAACGGUAUAUUGGUGCAUGUUCGACCUACCCUGCCUAGAAGACAACCCGAAACGCCUAGCUUCAGUCCAGCGGCUGCUUGGCGCAACCUUUUGGAAGAACAGCAACGUUCGCACCAUGAACGCUCCAAACCAAAACAUAAUAGUUUAAAUAGCCAAAUAAUCGAAUCGCCAAUUUGUCUGACGUCUAAUCCAAAGGUAAAUACAGCCUUAAUAGCUGCCGCUAAUUGGACACCGCAGCAAGACCUAGAAGACGAAGAUGAUGACGAUGACGAGGACUUAAAACAGAAAUGCAAAAACACAAAUGUGUCAGCUAAAAUAUAUAUAGAAAGAGAAAAGCAACCAAAUACAAAUCCAUUGCACGUUUUUAGUUUAUCUUUACCUCGAGAUGUUCAUUUACAAUGCCAAAUGAAGUCAUCUAUAGAUUAUAUGGAACAUGAAAACAGUUUAAAAGCGGCAAACUGUUGGCUAGUACCUGGCUUCAACAGUUUGCAAAAAUUUAAAACUCACUUGGGAAAAAAUGUUGAUUCUCGCUCUAAUUGUAAAUGCAACAGCGCUGCAAAAGCAUCCAUUAAACGAAAUAGUUACCAUAUACAAAAACAUUUAGGGGAUACCUUUUCUACCGACUCAGAAUCUCAUCAACCCGAUUGUGAGCUUUACAAAACGUCAACUAGGCGAACUAACUAUCAUAAUGAUAACUGGGUUUUGCACAAAUCCAAAACAAAUGAUGCGUCAUUGUCGGCGGCCACCAAAAGCGCAGACGAUAGUUGUUUAAAAUCGACUAUGAAUUCAAACUCAUUAGUUCAUUUGCAACCGAAAUCAUUGACUAAUAUCUGCGUCGGAAAACAUAUCGUGUACCUUCCAGGACAGGAUGCAUUUAAUACAUUAAAUAAGGACAGCCCCAAUAAUCCAAAGCAAUCGAAGACGACCAAGUCCACAUACAAACGACAACGUCAACGACAGGAAAUGGUUAGAGAAAGCCUGCAAGACCUAACGCCAAUACAGAAUAUACACCAGAGAAAUGUUGGUAUGCCUGAAAAGAACACACAUCGCUUUAGCUUUCAAAGCACAGUGCGUGUUUUAGAAAAGCGUAGAUUGGCCGAAAAGUUAUCCAAAGAUGCGGAAAUAAAAGAAGCACAACGACUCAAUGAAUUAGAAGCUAUGAAGCGAGUCGAAGAGGACUUUCAGAGGAAAAGAGCACCGGAAAAGGCAAACUUAAGAAACCAACUUAGGCUUCAUCUCAAAGCUAACAUAGAAAAUGAGGAAUAUAGAAGUUUACCUCUUAAUAUAAAUGAUAGAUAUAACAAUCAACAUUCUCAGAAUCAACACACCAUAUCGGACGUUAAUAAUAAUUUAUUCUGUAGAGCUGAACCGGAUGGUGCUGUCUCGCCUGCUCUGGAUUUCAACGGUAAUCAGGAUAAAGUGAGACAUUCUAAUUUUCCUCUAACAUCCACAAAACAUUCCAAGGAGCUUGAACGCUUUGACUCCGAUGAUGAAGAAAGUGAAACUCAAAUUGCAGAUUUGCGAUGUACUGCAUUACUAAUUGAACCCUAUCUUCACUCCAUUAUUUGAGAAGAAUACAAAAUUCGUAUUCGGAAUUUCAAGUAGUACAUUAGUCACAAGGGAUAUUUUAAUUGUAGUUUUAAUUAACCAUAAAUUUAUUUAAAAUAUACAUAUAAUGUCUUGUAAGGCACUCUUA